CUCCUCAUUCGUCCGCCCCUCACACACAUGCAGACAUCCAUCAGGCACGUAGGGUGGACUAGGCCCUUCAGUAGAUGGUCAGCUGCGCCAUCAUCUUUGUAAGCAUCACCACUGGCUCCAGUCUGAUGAAUUUGCUUCUCUCGAGCGCCCUCAAAUCAUGGUCCUCAGCAGAUCUCUUCUCUCCUCGUUUCACUGCUGGUGAACGGACAUUCAUAGCAGACCUCCGACGGGGCUUGGGCUUGGGCCGGUAGUUCAAGCGACAGACGCCACCAGUGUUGGUGCGGACCUUCUCGUUGAAUCGCACCGUCUUCUUUGAGCGAUCCAUUGAGAAGGUCUUCUUCAGAAUACUCUUCGGCUGUCCGCUCUGCUGCAACUUGUGGCCAUUGCGGCCGGCCUGCAGUGUCACAGUCUUCAGCCCCUGCCAAUCCCGCCGGCAGCAACCCCGCCGGCAGGCCUCGCCCGUCCUGCCCCCGCCGUAAUUGUUGCACACGUCAGAUGUCUCCCACACGGACUCGCUCUCAAUACCGGUCGAGUUCUUGUCGCGCUGCGGCCCUCGAGCUCCAGAUUCUUGGCCGCCUCGCUGCUGCUGCGACUGCCCUCUCUUGACGUUCAGUUGCAGACUUGUCAGCCUCCCGUCUUGGCCGCCUGGAUGGGGGUUGGACGAGUCGGACUCCUCUCUCUCUUUGUCUUUCUGCGGGGGCCGGGGCACGUGCUUCUGGACGUUCAGCUGCAGCGCUGCUUGCGUGGCGCUGUGGCCGUCAUAGCGGUCCUGCUGCGCUGUGCCCUGCAUCCUGUCCCGGCUGUCCGUCUCUGUCUCGCUCUCUGUCUCCCCUGUGGCAGGACUGUUCCAAAAGCGAUAGAGCCAGCCAAGCCAUGGAACGCGCAUCGUUGUGUCUCCUUUGCCGAGAAAAACAAAUA